UUCAGAUUUGACGUGUCGUAUAAGGCGACUAACAAACAAUUAGCCGUGUAGUAGUCGGCUUUACCAAAGAAUAGCACUGACGUUCAGAUUUGACGUGUCGUAUAAGGCGACUAACAAACAAGUAGCCGUGUAGUAGUCGGCUUUACCAAAGAAUAACACUGACGUUCAGAUUUGACGUGUCGUAUAAGGCGACUAACAAACAAUCAGCCGUGUAGUAGUCGGCUUUACCAAAGAAUAGCACUGACGUUCAGAUUUGACGUGUCGUAUAAGGCGACUAACAAACAAUGAGCCGUAUAGACGCCGGCUUGUACAAAGAAUAGCUCUAACAUGUUAAGUUGUUUCCACAUCAAACAACUUAUAGUAUUAAUUUAUUAUAAGCAAUAUUCAAAAUCAAUUAAAUCAAUAAUUCCUCAAUAAUCAAUUAAAUCAAUAAUUAUUCUAUAAGCAAUGAAAUCAAUAAUUCUUCUAUAAUCAAUUAAAUCAAUAAUUCUUCAAUAAUCAAUUAAAUCAACAAUUCUUCUAUAAUCAAUUAAAUCAAUAAUUCUUCUAUAAUCAAUUUAAUAAAUAAUUCUUCAAUAAUCAAUUAAAUCAAUAAUUCUUCUAUAAUCAAUUUAAUCAAUAAUUCUUCAAUAAUCAAUUAAAUCAAUAAUUCUUCAAUAAUCAAUUAAAUCAAUAAUUCUUCAAUAAUCAAUUAAAUCAAUAAUUCUUCUAUAAUCAAUUAAAUCAAUAAUUCUUCAAUAAUCAAUUAAAUCAAUAAUUCUUCAAUAAUCAAUUAAAUCAAUAAUUCUUCAAUAAUCAAUUAAAGCAAUAAUUCUUCAAUAAUCAAUUAAAUCAAUAAUUCUUCAAUAAUCAAUUAAAUCAAUAAUUCUUCAAUAAUCAAUCAAUUUUAAUCAUUAUACAAAAUAUCAUUUUUGUUAUAUUCGUUAGCUUACGAAUCGUCCUAAAAUCGUCUUUAUUUCUAAUAAAAAAUAAAACAUAAUUAAAACAUAAAUUUAUAAAUAAUAGUUCUUAUGUUUGUUCAAUUCGAUAUUACCUUAAUAAAUUAGAAAAAAACUUGUAAUAGAAUCUUCUUUCUUGAUGCUCGAACAAAUCUUAAUUAUUUCUUCAACAACUAAAAACUUCAAUGAAAGUAUAUUUAAGAUAACUUAUGAUGAUCGAAUAAUUAAUGAAAAUAUUCAGUCUCAACGAUGACUUACAUUCAAGUUAAAAGGUUCUUUAUUUUAAAUCUUUAGAUUAGGCUAGUGUAGACAUUUCCGUAAUUUCUUUGCAGAUAUUAGAAUCGGUAAUAAAUCUAGAAAAUGAAAUUAAUGAUUGUUUAGCAAGCAUAUUGUUCGUAAAAUCUAAUACAAUACAUCCCUCUAUAAUAACUCUUAAACAUCUAUAUGAAGAACUUUUAUUAUCUAAUCAUAUACGUACCAACAAACACUUAGUUACUCCAGUCACUAUUGAAAAUAUUCAUCAAAUAUUAGACUCAGCUUCUCUUUCUGCUUAUGUAUAUUCUGAUAGACUUGUAUACAUAUUAGAUUUUCCAUUAACUCAAGGCGAACCUCUCAAUCUCUAUCACAUAUAUUCCAUUCCAAUUCAACAUUUUAAUUCCUCUCUGCAUACAACCAUCCUACCUGAGCAUAUGUAUUUGGCUACAAAUCCUAGCGGUAAUAUAUACGUAUCUACGAGCGACUUCACUUCAUGCAAGUCCUACGCUAUAAAGAAGAAGAUCUGCACCUCUUUUGUCGCAUAUGAAGCAGCAUCACGUCCAUUAUGUGAGCUCCAGAUCCUGUUAAGCAUUUCAAAGACUUUACCUGAAAUUUGUACCACAUCCACAUUUGAAGCAAGAAUUAACACUUUUCAAAACAUUGACAACAACCAAUGGCUUUACAUACUUACAGAAGACACUAAUUGUAUACUUCAAUGUAAAACGGAAGUUACACAUCAUAAAUUACAAGGAGCAGGCAUUUUAUCCUUACCGGAAAACUGCAAACUUUAUACUGGGUAUAGUACGCUAACAGCCUUUCAAUCUAUUGAAGAAAAUGUAACAUAUCCUGUAAUAGUUCCAGACAUUAGAACAGACGAUUGCUUUGAAGAAUACAAGAACUUUGAAGCUCCAAACUUAAUUCCUAUUAAAAUUAAUGAAAUGCCUUUGGAUUCACUGAAACAAAUAAAACAUCAUGUCGAUAAAUUUAAGGAAAGCUUAGAAAAUAUGAGAUCUCGACCAAUCUUACAAAGAUAUUCGUCAACGUUUACAUGGAUAUACUUCGUGUUAUUCAUAACAAUGCUAGGAUACUUCAUUUAUAAAAUUAGCAAACGUUGUCCUAAUGGAUUACUCCUGCGUAACCGAAGACCAAGCCGUGAUAAUGGUUGUAUACAAAUAUUUAACAACUGUUUUUCAAACACAUCACGACGUCAAAGAAUCCAAGUUGCCGUCCCGAUGACUACUAUAGCAACAAGUACCUGCGUAACGGAAGACGAAGAGGAAAAUGAAGAAAAUUAUCCAAGAACUUCAACACCGAGAGUUCAAAGAUCAAGCUCUCAAGCCCAAUCUUUAUUCUAAGGGGGGAGGUGUUACAUAUAUUAAGAGUACGUGACCUAAGACCAUGUGUCAGCCUACGACCUAAUCAUUAUAAUAUUUGACAUUCCUAUUUGUAUAUUUGUAUUUGUCCAUUUGAUAUCGAAAUCAUUAUAUUGUUUAAUAUUCAUAUUUGUAUAUUUGUUUAUCUCAUACAAAUUUCCAUUAGUAAGUUAUUAUCUGUAUUUGUUGUCACUCUAUCAAUGGAAGUAUUUGACUAUUGUAAUUGUAAAUAGUAAUUAAGAUAUCUCUACUAUAUAUAUGGACGAUUUGUAAUAAUAAAGACAGUUCAAUUCAGAUA